UUUGACUGAGGUACACAUUUUGAAGGUGGAAUGAUUGGGUUUGACCACAAAAAAUUUAGAAAAAUUUUUCAUUUUCAUUUUCAUCAACAUAAACUAAAGAGACCAACUGGGAAGCUCUGUCUUUCAGUAAGAGAGAGAGAAUCUAGAGAGAGAGAGAGGGUUUUUAUUUUAUUUUAAUAAGAUUGUGUUGUGUUUGGUUCUUUAUUUGUUGUUUACUUUGAAGUGGGGUGUGUGGGGAGAGAAAGUUGGGUUUCUCUCGCUUGUAUCUGGAAAAAGUCUCGAUUUUUUCAAGUGGGGUUUGAGGGAUUUAGGGUUUGGGUUGUUGGGUCGUGAGUGGAAUCAGCAACCAUGAAUAUGAUGCGAAGGUUGAAGAGCAUUGCUUCUGGGAGGACUUCCAUUUCUUCAGAUCCUGGAGGGGAUAAUAACUCAAAAAGAGCCAAGUUUGAACCAGAAACUGAAGUGAAGGCUGAUGAGAAAACAAAUACCACUGAGACAAUCUGCACAGAUCAGGAACAGCUUAUAGACACCUCAAAAGAAACUUCCAAUGUAGGCACAUCUGAUGUAUCUACAGUAGCUAGAACCGAGAAGUCGGGUUUUGAAGAGCUUCCUAAAGAAUUAAAUGAAAUGAAAAUUAGAGAUGAGAAAAGCAAAAACAACAGUGAAAAGGAUAUAGAAGCAACUGUAGUGAGUGGUAAUGGAACAGAAACAGGUCAAAUAAUUACAACUGCCAUUGGCGGUCGAGAUGGACAACCAAAGCAGACAAUCUCUUACAUGGCUGAACGUGUGGUUGGUACUGGUUCUUUUGGUAUUGUUUUUCAGGCUAAGUGCCUUGAAACUGGGGAAUCUGUUGCCAUAAAGAAGGUGUUGCAAGACAGGAGAUAUAAGAAUAGGGAACUCCAGGUUAUGCGCACAGUUGACAAUUCUAAUGUUGUCAAACUAAAGCACUACUUCUUUUCAACUACCGAUAAAGAUGAGUUGUACCUUAACCUGGUUUUGGAGUAUGUACCUGAAACUGUCUACAAAGUUUCAAAACACUAUGUUAGGAUGCACCAACACAUGCCUAUCAUUUAUGUGCAACUGUAUACCUACCAGAUAUGUCGUGCGUUAAAUUAUUUACAUCAAGUGAUUGGUGUUUGUCAUCGUGACAUCAAACCCCAGAACCUAUUGGUAAAUACGCAGACACAUCAGUUAAAGAUAUGUGAUUUUGGGAGUGCAAAGGUGUUGGUUCCCGGUGAACCCAACAUAUCGUACAUUUGCUCUCGAUAUUAUAGAGCUCCAGAACUUAUAUUUGGGGCAACUGAAUACACAACUGCUAUUGAUAUGUGGUCUGUUGGUUGUGUUUUAGCUGAGCUUCUCCUAGGACAGCCAUUGUUUCCUGGAGAGAGUGGGAUUGAUCAGUUAGUAGAGAUCAUUAAGAUUUUGGGAACACCCACCAGAGAAGAAAUAAGGUGCAUGAAUCCAAACUACAAUGAAUUUAAGUUUCCUCAGAUCAAAGCUCACCCAUGGCACAAGGUUUUUCACAAGAGAAUGCCACCUGAAGCCGUGGAUCUUGUAUCAAGGCUGCUUCAAUAUUCACCAAAUCUACGUUGCACUGCUUUGGCUGCAUGUGCUCAUCCCUUCUUUGACGAUCUGCGGGACCCAAAUGCAUGCUUGCCGAACGGCCGACCACUACCUCCUUUGUUCAACUUCACAUCUCAAGAACUGGCGAAUGCACCUGAAGAGUUGCGGCAACGCCUCAUUCCUGAGUAUGCAAGGAGUUGAAUCAAUUCCAAAGUUGAAACAUCUCUAGGGCAUUGUAAAUGGGUUUUGAAUUAUUGGACACCCUCUCGGUCAUCGCCCCUGACCUGCCUGUUCUGUUCUGUUCUUCAGCCUCUUCUCUGCACAAGUCACAACUGUGACUAUACAAAGUGAGAAACCUCAACACCUUGGAAAGUUCUAUCAAGUAACUUGUAAAGAUCUGCAGGUGACUCGAAUGGAUAAAGUGGUACUACCUGGUGAUACAGGGUUGCAAGCCUUUUUUUUUUUGAAGUAGUUUAUAAAUUUGGUGCCUCAGUUGUGAAAGAUAAUGAGUUCUAAGUUCUAACAAUCUUGUAAGCAUGUUUUCAUAUAGUUCAAGUUCGUUUAUUAAUUAUUACUUUAUUCCUUGAAGUGGACCAAGUGGAAUCCUCAAUUGAAUAGGCUUCGCUUCUUCACAACACUUUAUUCUA